AUUUAGAGCAUGACCAUAAAUUGAUACAUUUUAUAUCAAUCAAGUCGUUGCAGAACACACAACGAUAUGUUUUUGUCUUUCUGACUGCUCUCAUAUUCGCUUUGAACAACCUAUGACAAGAAGCUAUGAGGGGCUGGUACAUCGUAACUGUGCUGUUGUGGAGCGCAGUUGGUAAGCUCUCGAGAUGUAUGCGUUUUUGUCAAGACAGAGUUCAUUGGAAGUUGAUAGAUUCUGAUCGUUUUCUUUAUGUUUAUGUAUUGCGUAUUCGAUGCGUCCUGUCUUUACUCACCCAAAUGUAGGCCUACUAUAGAAUUAUUUGUAGUGUUGUUAUUGUCUGAACUGAAUUCUAUUCUGGUGUUUUUGAUAAAAUGCUAAUUGGGAACACAACAGUUGCCGCGCCUGCACAGAUCUCGUGACACCGGGCGACCUGACCGCACUGCUAAAACUCCCAGUCAAAUAUCUCAGAAUGACCGGGUUCAAAUUACAGUAACUUCUAUGACAAGACCCUGCAUGUUGCACUGGUAAACAAAUGUCGUUGACUCUGACUCAGGGGUAGGAUACUGCUCUAUUGUAGCUGAGAAAAACUCCACUCCAUGGUGAAGGAACCACGGAGUGGAAUUUAGUCAGCUAACGUUAGCGCCAUGUCGCAUAACUGGUUUAGUAACUGUCAAACUAAUUUAGUUACAAAAUCGUGAUUAACAUUAGUCUUUUUUUUUUUUAAUAAAGAGGAAGCGUGUGCCACUGCAAGCUGGCUUGUAACUAGAUGUAUUUUGGCAUAACAUUAACACAUUAUCUCUAAACUGGAAUCGUGUAUACUUUUCCAUUCUGUGGGCACCGACUGUUGACUCGCGUUGCUUCUGACUAAAGUAGGCAACGAAUUAUUAUUUUUGAAGAAUACAAGAGUGAGUGAGAAAGUAAACCUCAUCUCAGUCUGUGAUAAGUCGUCAAAGGUCAUCCAGCCAACUGAGCUUCAGACUUUGACACGUGGUGGUCACAAGCCUGGUCUCGACUGUUAUCCUAUGUGUUGUUUACUUUGUUGUCCUGCAACAAUAAGUGCAAAUCCCACUCCACAUCUGUAACCCACUUUCUUCUCUUAGGUCACAGUGGAGGGGUAAUGUUAGCAGUAAUAGUAUGAGAGGGGUUAAGGGUAGACUCUGGAAUAUGACAUCUUCAUACACGUCUGGCAUUGACAGAGGGGUUAAGGGUAGACACUGGAAUAUGACAUCUUCAUACACGUCUGGCAUUGACAUGGUCUUUCUCCUCAGCCACAACCAUAGAGGGAAAAGCUGUCCCUUCAGUCCCAGACUUCGGGAAGGCAUACCAUGUCAAAGGUGAGUGAGACCUAUUGUUUUUGAACUGAGGGGUCACUUAAUGUAUCGGUAUAAUAUAUAUAUAUAUCCUGUCCUUUUUUAUGAGCUGUCAGUAACUACUAGAUUACACCAUUUACAUUUUAAUCAUUUAACAGACGCUCUUAUCAUAGCGAAAUACAGUUAGUUACUUUAAUUAAUUACAUUUGUGUGUAUCAGGUGUGAUCUCCCUGCCCUAUGCUGAGAUAAAGGAACCGUUCGAGGCCUGGUUUGACCUGACGGGGAGGACAAGCCGCAUCGACUAUUACCAUGGUAACUAUUUACACAUUAGCUGUACAAUAUUCAAGCAAAAUGGCUCCAUGUUCUCGCUCAGGCAAGCUGGAAUAUCCAUCAUAUUGCUUAUGCCUAUAAAAUCCUUGCAGAUUUAAGCAAGAAACUAGGUGAAGUGGCUAGGGGUUGUUUUUGGGUGGACAGGGCCUGUGAUUUUUUUGUUGUUGUCUCAAAUUACAUCCUUUUGAGCAGAGCCCUGUGCUGCAGCGCUGAUCAGAAGUAGUGCAUGUUAGCAGCAGGGUUGUAGUGGAUGUCAUUUGAGACGUGUUGUCAGUGAAUCACGUGUGGAACUGAGAGGCCUUUGUUCUGAGUCUACAUCAGUAGACUGAAACCUCAGCUUCUUCUUUUAAAUCAUGUUAUAAAAUCCCAGAGAUGAGGAGAUAAGAUAAGUAAUGAGGAGAGAACCACUAAGACCAGGGAUCUCUAACUCUAUUCCAGGGUGUGCAGACUUUUGUUAGUCCAGCACUAACAUGCAGUCAACUUCAAUUCUUAUUUUCUGUGUUGUCAUGGUGACCCUCAGGCCAGGUGUCGACGUACCAGAUUGGGGUGGAGCUUCCGUGGGGAUCGGCCUAUAAGAUCACUCCUGAGACCACAGAGGUGGAGCUAAACAUUAUGAAGUGUUUCCAGGUCAAUGGAACCAAAGAAGAGCCAGUCACACCUCAGGGAUCCUUACCUGACCUCCAGGGGUUUACGGUAGGUGUGUGUAUGUGUGCGUGGUAAUUCAUUGAGUUUUUCAAUGAAUACAGGUAGUUUUGAGAAGUUAUACGUAAAAAGAAAAAGGUAUUUGUGUGUAGUUCCUCAAGAUGGAGUACUAUGGCGGAGCGCUGUGUGAGGUCUGGCAGAACGUGACAGCUGUCGGACACAAGAAGAAUACCUACACACUCUGGGUGACACGCCCUGAAGGAGGGGUUAUGGGAGGAGCUGAGCUGGCCACGCCCCUACACUACGAGAUGAUGGGCUACAACACCCUGCUGGGGUCCCAUUAUGAUAAAUAUCUGGUCGACUACAAGGAGUUCAGCUCAAAGUUUGACCCCAAGGUCUUCGCCCUGCCUGACGGUUAGCACGCACAAACACAGCCCUCACGCCAUGUGACCAUUAGUGAACAAUCUUAAUCCUUGUCGGUCACAUCUCUCUCUACUCUCUCUUUAGGGAUGAGCUGUGGUUCAUUUCCUGGCCCGGGGGUGGAGCACCACCUGCUGGCCAAUCCGAUGAAAGAUCUGAUCCACACUUCCUCGUUAGGCCAUGCCCAGCGGUUGUUUGGCCACUUCAAGGAGCAGUUUGGCCGUCGUUAUGGUGAUGAGAGGGAGCACGAGAAGAGAGAGCACGCAUUCGUUCACAACCUCCGGUGAGGGAGCUAGAGGAAGAGGGAGAGGGCAAGAGAUAAACAAAUUAAACGGAAGAGAGGGAUUGAAAGGGUUUUAGGGCAUUUGGUUGUUACAAAUUCUGUCUGUUCCUCUCUCUCUCUAUUCCCCCCUCACUCUUCUUUCCUCCAUCACUUCCUCUCCCAGGUAUGUCCACUCUAUGAACCGUGCUGGCCUGUCGUUCUCCCUGGCGGUCAACUCUCUGUCUGACCGCUCCAUGUCUGAGCUGUCUGCUAUGAGGGGCAGAAACAGAGGGAAGAGACCCAACAAUGGCUUGCAGUUCCCCAUGCAUCUAUACACUGGAGUACAGGUCCCUGAUCAGCUGGACUGGAGGCUCUAUGGUACGUGUGUGUGUGGUAGGGUGUGUGUUGGGGUGGUAAGGGGAGUGUGUGUAGAGCAGAUGAGGCUGGUGGGAGGAGCUGUAGGAGGACUGGCUGAUUGUAAUGGCUGGAAUGAAAGAAAUGGAACGGAGUAAAACGUAGUUUCCAUAUGUUUGUGUUUAUUUAUUCAGUUCCAGCCAUUACAAUGAGCUGUCCUCCUAUAGCUCCACUCACCAGCCUCCACUGGUGUAGAGGGCGGGAAUGUGUGUGUGUGUGUGUGUGUGUGUGUAUUGUAACAUAAUGUCUGUAUUUUCUAGGUGCUGUGACUCCAGUGAAGGACCAGGCGAUCUGUGGUUCAUGUUGGAGCUUUGCCACCACUGGAGCAAUAGAGGGCGCUCUCUUCCUGAAAGUAAUAUAUCUCACACACAGUGAUUUAGAAUAACUUCAGUUGGAGGGGUGUUAUAGCUGUUUAUUUGGAUCCCCAUUAGCUUUUGCAGAAGCAGCAGCUACUCUUCCUGGGGUCCACAAAAAACAUGACCAGUGGCAAAACACUGAUAGACUGAAGGACAGUCACAUAAAUGUAAAAUACAACGAUAUACAAACAAUACAACAAAAAAGAAUACAAACGAUGCAACAAAUGUUAAUGCAUCUUAACAGAACCUGCAACUCAUGUAAUGAAGCAGCCAAUAAAAUGUCAUUUUCAAACAUUUGCCAAAAUGCAAUUCUAAACAGGGCACCUGAUAGCGGUACCAUAUGUGACAGGGAUUAAAAUCUUGGUUAAAAACAGAGGGGGGGGGGAUCUAAAGAUGCAACAACUAGGAUGGGUUGCUAAUAUGACUAGGAUUGUGCCUUUGGCUUCUGGACAACGAAAGGAAGUUCAUAUGAAAACCAAUAGAACAGGAGUGAAAUAGCAUAGCGGUGGUUCCAGUAGGGAAGUAAAUGGAAAUAAUAUAAUUACUCCGUCUGUACAGAAGUAAAUCAAAUUAUUCAAAAUACUUUGCCAGAAAGCAUGAUUUAGCCACAGAGGAAUCAAGGAUUAUUAGCUUCUUUUAAAAAAAAUAGCUGUGGAUUGUUUCAAAUCACAAGAUUGUAGGCCUAUGCCUAUUCGGGCAGCGUGCGUGGCAAUAGGCCGAGCUGAUUAUUGAGUUGCGGCGGUCAGUGAAAAGCAUCUAAGAUGUGUCUUGAGUAUCAUUUUUAAUGUUUAGACAAGAAGAAGGGGAGGGGUGUGUGGUGUAGAUCUAGGCCAGUCUCUCUCCAGAAUGGCUCAGCUGUCUCCUACCAAUUCUUGCGCAUUCAUCGAGUUGUUUGCCCUUUGAGAUUAAAAAUAAAUAAAUUCCCCAUUACAUAUGUCACCAGUAGUAAAUAUACUGUUAACCCCUGUCAUUUGGUUACAUUAAUUUCUGUUAAUGCAUGUAUUAAUUAGUCAUUUACCAUUCUCAGAGUGGAAACGUUCUUUGCAGAGUUCAGAACCUGCUACACUGGUGAGAAACAAGUUUAGGUUUAUUUCAUAACCAUCAUUUAAGAGAUUUGUAAAUUUGUUUCAUUGUAUUUUGUUUGAAGGGCUCCAUGAGAGCAAUGAGACUGUCUGUCUGGUUUCUCUCUUCAUAAUGUUGAGGGAGCGUGUGCGCGCCUGAUCACACAGAAUUACCUGGACUUUAUUUGAGAUUUUUAUGAUUAACCACGUGACAAUGAUUUUGAGAAACGAAAAACAUUAUUAUUGAAAUGAAACUGUUCCACGAAAAAUGCGCAUAUGGAAAUCAUAACUGGCACGUAGAAAUGGUAAGCUUUAAACUCACUUCCCGCCUAUGAAGUGUUUUUAUAAAAUAAUUGCCUCCACGUUUCCAUGGUCAGAUUUUGCCUAUAGGCUACUUUGAAGCAAGGUAAGACAAACAUUCAGGUUUCAAACAAUUAUGUAUAUUUUCAAAAUGCGUACUGCCUCCAACUCACCUUUUAAAAUGGUUGGUGACGCGCUGAUAGUCUGUUGCCUGCACUUGAAUGGUGAAUGGGAGAUGUGCUUCAAUUACCAAUUGAUACAAAUGGUAGCAAUUAUUUAUUUUUUAUCGUGCACCAAAACUUUUUUGAACACAUGAUUGCGUUUAGAGUUGUUGUGCAAUGAAUGGGCUUAUAAAAGCAUGUUUUACUCCAGAAGUCACCAGCUGAGAAGCAGCAGGGGAAAUCUCACUCAAAAUAGGCUCUGAAUGCUGUGUUCAUAUGAUAGUUGUGUUGGAUAAAUAAGAUGCAUGAUGACUAACCAAAAUACACACAGGGCUAUUUAAUUCCACUAAAUUAGGAAACCCUGGUGUUUGUGUUCCAUGACAUGUUUAAUCUUUCUUUUCAAGGUAAUUUUGCUAUUUGCGUGAGUACUUGGCUCUGUAGAAUACUGUGCGUUGCCAUGAAUUUGUUUUGGACUUGGGGACUGUGAAGAGACCCAUGGUGGCAUGUUUUGUGGGGUAAUGGGUGUCUGAGCUGUUAUUUGAUUAUGCAGACAAUCUGGAAUUUUCAUCACAGGAAUAUUUCUCAUAAACUAGAAGAGAAGCAGUUCAUCUCUCCUCAACCUCAACCAGGAAAGACUGUUGUGCAUGUUGUUAGUUCUGUAUGUGCUGUUAAGGGCAAGGCAUGCUGCUUUGUUUUGAGCCAGCUGCAGCUUUGCUAGGUCUUUCUUUGCUACACUUGACCAUAUUACCAGACAGCAAUCAAGAUGGGACAAGACCCGUACAGUUGAUUUUUGUGUAGAAGAACACCGAUCAUCUUUUUUAUAACACCUAUCCCAUCCAUCUUCACAACAUGUGAUGGCAGGUGAAGUAAAGCCAUAGCGAGUGAGUUUCAUCAAUAACAUCAAAGGCUGCACUGAAAUCUAACAAUUCAGCUCCAACUAUCUUCUUAUUAUCUUUUAACCAAUCAUCAGUCAUCUGAUUCAGUGCAGUACAAAUUGAGUGCCCUUCUCUAUGUAUUCUGAAAGUCAAUAGUUCACUUGUUCUCUGAAAAAUGGCAUUGUAUUUGGUCAAACACAGUUCUCUCCAUCAGUUUACUAGGAACAGGCAGCAAACUGAUUGGGUGGCUGUUAGAGCCAGCAAAGGGUGCUUUACUAUUAAUUUUUUUAGGCAGUGGAAUUACAUUAGCUCCCUUCCACGCCUGUGGACACACACACUUCUUUAGACUAUAGAAAAUGGGGGUGGCAAUACAGUCUGCUACCAUUCUCCAUAAAUUCCCAUCAAGGAUUCCCACACUAACUUGACCAAAUUCAAAACGGCAAUCCUUCUCUUUCAUUAUUAGAUCUUUUAUAGCAGAAAUUGAUGGUUCACUGUUCAAGGUGGCCAUUUCACUUCUGAGUUUUUCCACUUUACUUGUAGUUGUUGAAAUUAUUGCAGAUUAUCUAAAGGUUUUGUUAGAAAUGACCCAUCAACUUAAUGAACAAUGGAAAUUAAUUGGAUUUUCUGCCUAUAAUAUCAGCAGUCUGAGCUGUAGCACAUCCCUGAGGAUGAUGAUUAAUAUUGUCAUUUAUUCAAAGGUAAAAUGGAUGAAAAAUAAAUAAACUGGCAACUUGUUCACACUUAAUUAGCUACAGCUUGUGAACACAAUUUUUCCUCCCACGUAUUUGUAUUGUCAGUUGAUAAUUAUGUAGUUUAGGUGUGUUUUAAGUUCUGUCUAGCUGCAAUGUACUCUGUAAUAUACUUCAAUGCAUCACCACCAUCUCUGGUCUCCCUGCACCCAAUAAUACUACACAGUCCAUAUCCACCAGCAUUCCUUCCCUUCUGGCGUUGCCUAGCAACUAUACAUUUUCAAGACAGGUUUAUUAUUAUGUGCUGUCACGCUGAGGAUUCACCAUUCCCUUGAGAACAACACACCCUCAUUAGCAGUAGUAACUGAUGGCAGUUCAGGAGAUUUUUAAUGGGACGUGUGUGGGGGGGUUCAGGGAGUUCGUUGAACUUACAUGAGUCAAUUAAGGUGAAGUUGGGACUUAUUUGGGAGAGGUGAGGGGUAGUCUUAGUUGGAGUAGGGGUGUGAGUUGAGGAGGGAGAUGGUUGUUAGUCUUGUGUCACAGUGGUCCUCCUUUGUACCUCUGCCAGCUCAAAGGAAAUGACCUCGUCCUCUCAGUAGGAAGUGACCGGGAGGUGCUGUGUCCCACCGCAUUGGCAGGUUCAUAAACAUACUUCUUCCCAGGGAGCCAAUCAGAUUCCUCCCCUCUGUGACCUCAUGGCAACCUCAUAGCAACCCACAGACACAGCUGUGGAAGUCGCUGUGUAUAAACAGUAAUUAGCCUCUCGCAUUCUCUCUCCCUCUUUUUUUUUUUCCCCUCAACUCUUCAUUUCCAGUCUUCUGUUAACAGGUCUGUUUUAUUUAUUGCCCCGGAGAAGUAGAAUGUUUCUCACCCAGUUUUAAUUGUCAAUUCCUCCCUCCCUCCUUCUCCCUGUAGUCAGGGUCUCUCCAGGUCUUGUCCCAGCAGAUGUUGGUAGACUGUAGCUGGGGCUUUGGUAAUAAUGGAUGUGAUGGAGGAGAGGAGUGGAGGGCCUACGAGUGGAUCAUGAAACAUGGAGGCAUCGCCACAACGGAGACCUAUGGAUCCUACAUGGGCAUGGUGAGAUGCGCGCACACACACACACACACACACACACACACACAGAGAACUAGUCUACGGAGGUAAUCCCCAGGGCUCUAUGCUUUGCCUGCAGCUCUUCACUAUUCACAUCUCUUACACACAUUUUAUAAACUCAUAUACUCUGACAAACAGGACAUGUAAAUCUUUACAAUAUACUGUACUUUAACCUAGUGUCUGACUCUAUCUCUCUCUCUUAACAGAAUGGCCUGUGCCACUUCAACUCUUCCCAGCUGACAGCCCGUGUCCAGAGCUACACCAAUGUGACGUCAGGUGAUGCAGAGGCCCUGAAGGUGGCGCUGUUUAAAAACGGCCCAGUGGCCAUCAGUAUUGACGCAGGACAUAGAUCCUUUGUCUUCUACAGCCACGGAGUCUACUACGAACCCAAAUGUGGUGAGUUAUAUUCUAUAGAGCCCUCAAACUCAUCUCUGGACCUCGAAGUCAGUUCCACUGCGUUUUUUCAUUUCCCCCCUAUAAUCAGGGACGGAUUUUUAGACCUGGGACAUCAUGUGGGUGCAAUUAAUUAUCAGGUAGAACAGAACCAGCAGGCUCCAGACCUCGUAGAGUAAGAGUUGAAUACCCCUGCUAUAGGGUAUACACAGCUAUUCUUCAAAUCUGUCUGAGGUGUUCCUAAGGGCUCCUCUCUUUCUCACUCGAUCUCUUUCUUUCUUCCCCCUCCUCUCUCUCCUAGGAAACACCACUGACUCCCUGGAUCACGCGGUGCUUGCAGUGGGUUAUGGCGUCAUGGAGGCGGAGCCGUACUGGCUGGUGAAGAACUCCUGGUCAACCUACUGGGGCAACGACGGGUAUAUAUUGAUGUCUAUGAAGGAUAACAACUGUGGUGUUACCACUGAUGCUACAUAUGUUACACUGGCAUAGAGCGAGGGAGACAUGAAACACACGCACACACAGUUACCACUCCUUUUUAAAUUAUGAAAGGAGUGGGUAUUUGAAAUUGUGGAAUAGUAUCGGGAGUGUGUUGUGCACGGGAUGAAGUAAUCUUGUUCAGGUAGUGAUGUUUUUAGAUAUGUUUAUUGCUGGUCGGCUCACGCGCACACAGUGCCUUGUUCUCCCUGUCAUAUAUAAACACUUUGUGUGUCACACACUUGUGUUCUGGAAUCUUGGAAUCGUCUCAAUAAAUGUUGAAUGUUUUUGUACUCGA